GACUCAGUAGCCUUUGAGGAUGUGAUUGUGACCUUUACACAAGAGGAGUGGGCUUUGCUGGAUCCUUUGCAGAGGAGUCUUUACAGAGAUGUGAUGCAGGAAACCAUCAGGAACCUGGCUUCCACAGAGGACAAUCAGAGCAUUGAAGAUGAGUACACAAAUGCCAGGAAAAUUCUAAGAAGUUAUAUGGUAGAGAGACUCUAUGAAAGGAAAGAAGGUAGUCAGUGUGGCAGAACCUUCAGCCAUGUUCCAGACAUGAAUCUGAAUGAGAAAACUCUUGGAGUAAAGCCACAGAAAAGCAGUGCAUAUGAAGAAGACUUCAUUGUUCAUUCAUCUCUUAAUAGGCAUGUCAUUACUCAUAAAGGACAGAAAUUAUAUAAGCAUAAAGAAUGUGGAGAGAAGCCAUAUAAACAAAAGCAACUUGAAAAAGCCUUUAUUUCUCCCAUUAGUGUGAGAAAGCCCAUGAAAACACAAAGCAGAGAUGGACCUUAUAUAUGUAAGCUAUGUGGGAAAGCCUUUGAUUAUCUCAGUUUAUUUCACUUACAUGAAAAAACUCACACCAGUGAGAAACCCUAUGAAUGUAGGCGAUGUGGUGAAGCCUUCCCUUCUUUUGCUUCUGUUCGAAAACAUGAAAAAUCUCACACUGUAGAGAAGCCCUAUGAAUGUAAGCAAUGUGGAAAAACCUUCCGUUCUUUUACUUCCACUAGAAACCAUGAAAAAACUCACACCGGAGACAAACUUUAUGGAUGUAAGAAAUGUGGGGAUGUGUUCACUUGUCUCGCAAACAUUCAGACACACAUGCUAUUGCACCAUGGAUACGAACGUUAUAAAUGUAAGGUGUGUGGGAAAGCGUUUGAUUUUCCCAGUGGCUUUUGUAUCCAUGAAAGAACUCAUAAUGGAGACAAACCCUAUCAGUGUAAGCAAUGUGGGAAAGCCUUUAGUUUUUCCACUUCCUUUCGGAAACACGAGAGAAGUCACACUGGAGAAAAACCGUACAAAUGUGAGAUAUGUGGAAACACCUUUAGUAGUUCAAGUGAUUGUCGACUACAUGAGCGAACUCACACUGGAGAGAAACCCUACGUGUGUAAGCAAUGUGGGAAAGCCUUCGCCCGUUCCAGUUACUUUCGAAGGCAUGAACGGACUCACAGUGCAGAGAAACCCUAUGGGUGUAAGAAAUGUGGAAAAGCCUUCACUUGUCUUUCAACCAUUCAGAGACACAUGAUAACACACACUGGAGAUGGUCGUUACAAAUGUAAGGUAUGCGGGAAAGCCUUUGAUUGUCUGAGUUCAUUUUAUAUACAUGAAAGAAUUCACACCGGAGAGAAACCUUAUGAAUGUAAGCAAUGCGGUAAAGCGUACAGUUGUUUCAGUGACUGUCGAAAACAUGAAAGAACUCACACGGGAGAAAAGCCUUACGAGUGUAACCAAUGUGGGAAAGCCUUCAGUUGUUCCAGUUCCUUUCGAAGACAUGAAAGAACUCACACUGGAGAGAAGCCCUAUGAGUGUAAGGAAUGUGGGAAAACUUUCAGAUAUUCCAGUGACUUUCGAAGACAUGAAAGAACUCACAGUGGAGAGAAACCCUAUGAAUGUAAGGAUUGUGGGAAAGUCUUUAUUUAUUCCAGUUCCUUUCGAGUGCAUGAAAAAACUCACACUGGAGAAAAACCAUACGUAUGUAAGGAGUGUGGGAGAGCGUUCAGUUUUUUUAAAUAUUUACGAAUGCAUGAAAGAAUUCAUACUGAAAAGAAUGCCUAAAUAAAGAAUUAAGGAAGGUUUUAUUAUCACACAACCUUCCUACCACACAGGAAAACACUAGAGACAAAAGCUUUUAGUCUUUCCGUUUAAAUUGAAAGUCAUGGAAGAAACUACAGAGAGAAACCUCUUGAAAAGCAGCAAUGUGCACAUGUCUUCAGUUCACACCGAAAAUUGAACAGUGGAUCAAAACUUCAUAAUGUGAAAAAUAAAAGAAAGUUCUCAGUUUUACUAAGACAUUCUUCCAAAAUCAUUUGAAAACAAAUAGAGAAAACUCUUGUAAAUGUUAAAAAAAAAAAAAACUUGAGGCAAAGUCACUUGUUUAGAAUAUUCCAGAAGAUAAAUAACCCAGAAGAGAUGUAAAAAUUAUAAAUAUAUUUAUCAGUA